UUUGAUUUUGUCAUAUAAUAGGUGAAUUCUUAUAUAAAGAGCAGAGCUAGAUUUUUUAUGUAGGAUUUUAUUUUCCUUAUUUAUCAGAAUUGACAUUGAUUGAGUUCUAUUAUGAAAACUUGAACUGAAACUCAAUAUUUGAUUUGAUUGCAAACAUCUUGGAUUCUAUUAAAGAUAACGAUUAUAUUAGUUUGGUUACAUAUGUAUAAGAUUUGCUCUCUAAUUAACUCCUUUGAAAAUAACACGUCAUCCAAGAUUUGCUCUCUAAUUAAUUCCGUUGGAAAUGACACUCAUCCACAAUGAAUGCUAUAAAUUCCACCACUUUAGUUCUACAAGAACAGAUUUAGCUUCUUUAGUUCUACAAUAGCAGAGUUAGAGAUAGAGAGCAUGAGCUUGAUAAUGGAGGAGGAGCAUCCCAAAGGUGGAAGGAAGCCUAUUCUCUGUAGAGCCGCAAUAUGUAGGAAAGCAGGGGAGCCUUUGCAAAUAGAGGAGGUAGAGGUUGCUCCACCAAAACCAUGGGAAGUUCGGAUUAAGAUCAUUUGCACAUCACUGUGUUACAGUGAUAUAACCUUCUGGAAGAUGGAAGAACCACCUGCAAUUUUUCCAAGAAUAUUUGGACAUGAAGCUGUUGGGGUUGUGGAGAGUGUUGGGGAAAAUGUGAAGGAAGUGAAGGAAGGAGACACAGUGAUACCAACACUGUUAACAGAGUGCCAAGAAUGCAGUGACUGCAACUCAAAGAAGAGCAACAAAUGCUCCACCUUUCCUUUCAAUAUCUCACCAACAUUGCCCAGAGAUGGCACGACCUGCUUCAGAGACUCUAAAGGAGAGGUUUUAUACCAUUUCUUACAUGUCUCAAGUUUUAGUGAAUACACUGUGGUGGACAUUGCCAAUGUAACCAAGAUCGAUCCUUCCAUCCCUCCUAACAAAGCAUGCUUACUUGGUUGUGGGAUUUCAACUGGGGUUGGGGCAGCCUGGAAAACUGGAAAUGUGGAAAAAGGGACCAAUGUUGCCGUAUUUGGCUUAGGAGCUAUAGGCUUGGCGGUUGCAGAGGGAGCUAGACUUCGUGGAGCUACCAAAAUUAUUGGUGUGGAUUUGAAUCCAAACAAGUUUGAGAUUGGGAAGAAACUUGGUGUCACAGAUUUCAUUAACCCAUUAGACUGCGGGAACAAGCCUGUCCAUGAGGUGAUUGCAGAAAUGACAAAUGGGGGAGCUGACUACUGCUUUGAGUGUGUUGGUUCAGCCUCUCUGGUGCACGAAGCAUACGCGAGCUGCCGGAAGGGUUGGGGAAAGACAAUUGCGUUAGGUGGGGACAAGCCUACCUCUCAAUUAAGCUUCAAUUCAUAUGAGCUCCUUUGCAAUGGCAAAACCAUUAUGGGUUCUCUGUUUGGAGAUAUUAAACCCAAAACUGAUAUUCCAAUUCUCGUAAAAUCUUACUUGGACAAGGAGCUUCGAUUGGAUGACUUUGUUACACAUGAGCUGCAAUUUGAGGAAAUUAAUAAAGCUUUCGAUUUACUUAUCAAAGGGAAGAGCAUUCGUUGUGUAAUUUGGAUGGACAAGCAUAUCCCUCCUCCCAUGUAAUGAGAGAAAUGAUAGUUUGCCAUAUUAAAAAACACAAUAUAUGAUUUGUGUUGAAAGUAAGUAGUAUUUCAUUGUUUCCACGUGGAAUAAGUGAGCAAAUAUCGUUUUGUAUUUUGAACAGUGCUCAAUGGAGUAGUUGUUUGUAGGUUGGUAGCUUGAUAACCUCUCAAUUCCAUUAGUGAUUGGUUUGCGUUAA